UGGAAGACUAUCACUCAUUACACAGUGUGACUUUGUGCUGGAAGAACCUGAACUGCACUGACAUCAUACAGGGUUAGGACUUUGUUUUCUUGCUCUGUAGGUAUGAUGCUGACUCCAUGAGGAAUCUGCAAACCCCUGAGGAGGUCUACCAUUGAGUGUUUUUACGACACUUGGGCUUCAAGAACCCCUGCUCUGAUUUGUGACUUCCCUUCUUCAAAACUCAGACAUGGUGCUGUGGAUUAUCUUCCCCAUUUCGCUCUCCCUGGUGUCCUUCAUCGGAACAUGGAGUGUAUAUGCCCUGGCCCGUGCCAACAAUCAUGUGUGCUCUCUCAGUGACUGGGGGGUUGACAGCAGCUGCAAUGGAAAUCAGACCACUGGAUGUUGUUUUGCUCCCACUUUAAGCUCAAGUGGAUCCAGUGCGCCACAAAAUUCGCUAUUUACAGCCACAAUCAAUGCUGGAUCCUUUCUCUUUCUGCUGUUCUGUAUAUUCCACCAUGCCCACAUUAUGGAGAGACACUCAUGCCAUUCCAUGCUGAGCAAGGUUGCACUGGUCUUUGGUGUUGUUGCAGCGCUGGGGGCAUUUGCAGCUGGAAACUGUAAUCCAGGUUACCUAGCACUCCCUCACUACUUCGGAGCUGCCAUCAGUUUCAUUUGCAUCUGCUUCUACUCUGUCCUGCUCACUGCGCUGACCAAGAAGUGUGUGCUGUCAGGAUACGAGAAGGUUCUCUACCCGUUGCGCAUCACCUCCUGUGUAGUUCAAUCCAUCGUCACCAUCUGCCAUGUUGUCUUAUUUGCCCAGGCUGAGUACUAUUACUUUCACUUGUCGGCUAUAUUUGAGUGGAUGCUCUCCGUCAACCUGGAGCUGUUUGAGCUCAGCUUCGCCGUGGAGUUUUGGUUCUUCUCGUCUUACAUGCUCUCAAAUCUGUUGAACGAACGAGAGGAGGAAAAGCCUUUGAUGAUAACAAUGUCCUGAUAUGAGGCUGCCAGGGUCCAGCAGGAGCACACAAGCAGUGAGGAUGGACUGAGUAAGACAUCUGUGGCUGGACCAUGGCUGGAGGACCAAUAACUUUUGACACCACUACUGGGAUAGAUUUAAAGCCGUUUAUGGAUUAUGACCACUUGUUUUCCCACCCUCUUGAUAAUGUUGCCUAAAAUUAAUUUCCUUAACUGUGCGUUUCUGUUCCUUACACCUUACCUUAUUUCUUAUUACUUAUUUAUUGAAACAAACUAGAUUGUAAAGCAAAUGAACAAAACAUAUCAGUCGCCUGCCACCAGAUCAAUUAACCUGAUAAGUCACUUUCUAAAACACCUUAUUUAUGUAAAUCAGUGUUCUUUGUGCAAUUACUUUUUAUCAGAUGUUGAAAUAGUAAACAAUGAUGAAUUCCUCGUUAGGUACACUAAUAAGGACCGAAAAGUCAUGACAGUAUCACUGAUGUUAGAGUCGCAUUACGGUCCUUUAAUGGAUCUUAGCACAGGCAUUGUAGCUUUGGCACUUCAAUAAAAUCAUGACCACUGUACUCACUGAGAA